AUGGAUGAUGAAGAAAUCACCUGCAUCCCUAUAGGAAACUAUAUCCUUCGACAACGUAUUGGAGAAGGUGCGUUCUCGUCUGUAUGGACUGCAGACUCGAAAAAAACUAACUCGACUGUAGCUGUUAAAGUGAUCUCAAAAAAGACACUUGAAGCGCCAGACAUGUUUACUAGAUUCAAAAGAGAAAUCUCACUCCUUCAGCAAAACAACCAUCCGUUUAUUAUGCAUUUUUUCGAAAUGUUAGAAGAUGAAAAAAAUUAUUACGUUAUAAUGGAAUAUGCAGAUAAUGGUGACUUUGAAACAUUUCUAGAAUCCAAGAUGACACUUCCUGAAAACAUGAGCAGGUUCUUCCUCGCAGAGAUGGUGCUUGCACUUGAUUACCUUCAUAAUGAGCGUAGAAUUGCUCACAGAGACCUUAAACCUCAAAACAUCCUAUUAGACAGAUACAAUAACAUCCGAAUCAGCGACUUUGGUCUUAGUAACACUUUUUCCGACUCGAACCCAACAAUGACGUCGAAUUGUGGUUCGCCUGCUUUCGUUGCACCAGAAGUUGUGAACGGACAGCCUUAUAACAAAUCCGCUGACAUUUGGAGCCUCGGUGUAAUAUUUUAUAGAAUGGUUGUUGGUAAUUUACCGUUUCAAGGUCCCGAUGUCAAAACCAUCUUAAUGAAGAUUGUUUCUGCCGAGCCAUACUACCCUCCUUCACUUUCACCAGAUCUUAGAGAUCUUUUACAGAAAAUGCUUUGCAGAAACCCAGAGAAAAGAAUUACAGCUAAGGAGAUCAAAGCGCAUCCAUGGAUAAUACCAGAAUUCGUCCAGGAAUUAUCCAAUUCGAUAGAUUCACUUAGAGAAGCAACUUCAGACGCUUCUUCUCCAGUGGCUGAACGAGAUGCUGUAAUGCUGCAGAAAGCAAGAGAACAGCUCGUUUACGAUCUUUGGGAACAAGUCCAAACUGCAAGAACUUUAUUACCAACGGUAGUAGUUCACCAACCACCACAUUCCCUUCCGUCGCCAUCAUUCCCUGUUAACAUGACGAAUAAGGCCUCCAGAAUCCCUUCAAGUAUGGAUUUGAAAUUGAAAGAGCCUCUUGCAAAGCCAAUGAGCAGACAAAUGAAUAAGUCAUCUGCUAAUUUGUUCCCGAAGAAGAGAGUGCCAACGAAAGUGCCCUCUCUUCUCGUCUAA